AUGUCUUGGGACAAUGCUUGGAACAAUGCGCAGCCUCAUAUAUCAAGCAUGCAAGAUGAACUCCGCUCAUUGAAUUCGCCGCCCUCCCGUAUCAUACGAGUUGGACAGCUUGAUUCCGAAUUGCUGGACGCGGAACUUGGGAACCUCUUGGUGGAACCGCUGAGGAAGGCUCUUUCGCUAAUUAGUGCCACGCUGCAGCGGCGUUUCGACGCAGAAAUCCAUCUGCUGAUACAACUCACUUUGUACCGGCUAUCGGUAUGGAAUAUGGGUGCCAGCUACGGUGCCAAACUGCAAGGUCUUCGGUAUUUCCAUCCUACGUCUGACGAUCGGAAGCGUGCUCCUUCCGGCCUUCCUCGCCAGCUUUUGCUCAUGCAUGGAGCCUUAGCCAUAGUUGUUCCUUAUGUUCACAAUCGCUUACGCGCCUAUGGACUAUCAAGAGCCUGGCCGGAUGCACCUUCCUCUGAUCGAAGACGCAAAUCAUGGGACCUCCUUGUAACUUUGGAAUCAUCGUACGCCUUACUCGGGCUUACUAACUUUGUCGUUUUCCUCUGGAACGGACAAUACCGUACAGUAACAGAUCGACUAUUCAAAUUGCGUUUGAUACCAGCACGAAGGCUUGUCCAGCGAGAUGUGAGCUAUGAAUUCAUGAAUCGCCAAAUGGUUUGGCAUGCAUUCACGGAAUUUCUGCUAUUUUUCCUUCCGUUGAUCAAUACUCGGAAAAUUCAACGCCGCUUCCAUCGACUGUCAACCAGCGUACUAUCAUCUCUUGCAUCACAGCCGAAACCGACUACAGCUUCUAAAACUCGUGGAAAAUACUGGUCUCUUCCCGAGAGCGAAUGUGCAAUUUGUACCGAAAACGCAUCAUUCAGUCUCAACAUGACAGAAGCCUCAAUGACUUUUAGUAAUGCCACACAACUCUUCUCCUCGGAAGGGGUGCAAGAGCCCGAAACGACACCUACACAUCCAAUAAAUACACCCUACAUCACAGAUUGUCAACAUACUUACUGUUAUCAUUGCAUAGCUGAACGCAUGAUGCGCAAUGCAGACGAUACUCAUGAUACUCAAGGCUGGGAAUGUCUCAGAUGUGCACAGAUAAUCCAGAGUGCUGAAAGAUUUGUCGUGGAUCCCUCAGCAGGAACAGCAGAAAGCGAAGUCAACGGAAGUGAUUAUGCAUUCAGCAGUGACCUGGAUUUCGAUGUCACAGACAUUUCCGAAUCUAUUGGGAGUUAUAGCGAAUCGGGUCUAUCUGACGGUUAUUCAACAUAG